UGGAGAGUCCCGGUCUGUCUGACCAUGCACCUGGAGCUCGAGUCGCGGCCCGCAGCAUCAUCGCGUUCGGUUCUGAAGCUAGUCCCGGAGGUUGUCGGUCCAAGCCCACCGCAGUGCCGCUGAGCAGCGGGCAGAAGGAGGAGGGCCGUGGCUCUGCGUCGCUGCUGCUGAAGAGAGCAGAACAACGGCGCGCGAGCGCAGGGACCCCCGCGAACACAGCCGCCCGGACCCGCCGCAUCGUCCCGGCGGACGGAUCGAUGUCUGCCGCCACCGCGCUGUGGCUGCUGCCGGUGCUCUGGAGCAUCACGGGCACCGGCGGAGCGGCGUCCUCAGCAUCCCGGAGGUGUGAGGACAGCCUGGCCACGCCCCUGCCCUACAGCUCCUUCAGCAGCUCGUCAGUGUAUGCCCGAGGGUACGGAGCCGGUUAUGCUAAGCUCAACCGGCAGCAAGGGGCUGGAGGCUGGUCCCCCUUGGAUGCAGACCGCUACCAGUGGCUACAGGUGGACCUGGGUUCUCGGAAGCAGGUGGUCGCCAUAGCGACACAGGGUCGCUACGGCAGCUCUGAUUGGACGAGCAAGUAUCGGCUGCUUUACAGCGACACACAGAAGAACUGGAGGCCUUAUCUACAGGACGGAAACAUCUGGACGUUUGAGGGGAACGGGAACAGUGAAGAGGUCGUUCGCCACAAGCUGCAGCACGCCAUCCUGGCUCACUACAUCCGCUUCAUCCCCGUGGACUGGAGCAGGAAGGGACGCAUCGGCGUGCGUCUGGAGCUGUAUGGCUGCUCCUACUGGGCAGAUGUGAUCAGUUUCGACGGCCACAGUGUCAUCUCCUACCGCUUCAGGAGUAAGAAGAUAAAGAUGGUGAAGGAUGUCAUCUCUCUUAAGUUUAGAACCACAGCUGGAGAUGGGGUCUUGCUCCAUGGAGAGGGCCAGCAGGGAGACUACAUCUCCUUGGAGCUCCGCAGGGCAACACUGCAGCUCAGCCUCAACUUAGGCAGUAACCAGUACGGCUCCAUUCAGGGUCACACCUAUGUGACCAGCGGGAGCUUACUGGAUGAUGACCACUGGCACUCUGUCGUCAUAGAGCGGUACCGAAGGAACGUGAACUUCACUCUGGACCAUCACAGUCAGCAGUUCAGGACCAAUGGAGAGUUUGACCACCUGGACCUGGACUAUGAGAUCAAUUUUGGAGGGCUGCCUGAAUCAGCCAAGCCAAGCUCAGGAGGGAGAGGGAACUUUGUGGGCUGCAUGGAGGGAAUGAGCUACAACGGAGACAACAUCACGAGCCUGGUCCGCAGGAAGAAGGUGGACACCUCCAGCUUCCGUAACCUGACGUUCUCGUGUGCCGAGUCCGACUCGUUCUCCGUGUUCUUCAACUCGUCGUCCUUCCUGCGGCUGCCGGGUCAGAGUGCCAGUGACGUGCUGUCGGUCAGCCUGUCCUUCAGGACGUGGAACCCCACCGGGCUGCUGGUGUUCACGGCGCUGCUGGACGGCUGGGUGGAGGUGGGGCUGACGGAGGGCAAGGUCACGGUCUACAUGAACGUGACGCAGAAGAAGAACACGCGCAUCGACAUCUCCUCAGGCUCGGGGCUGAAUGACGGCCAGUGGCACAGCGUCCACCUGAACGCCCUGGAGAACUACGCCAUGCUGACGGUGGAUGGAGACGAGGCCUCCACGGUCAGGACCGCCAUCCCCAUCCAGAUCCAGACGGGAGGGACCUACUACUUUGGAGGUAAUCUCCUGCACACCAACACCAGAUCCCUCCAGCGCUCGUUCCAGGGCUGCAUGCAGAUGAUCCACAUAGACGACCACCUGGCGGACCUCCGGGCCUUGGAGCAGAGCCUCAUCGGAACCUUUGAGAACAUCAGCCUGGACAUGUGUGCCAUCAUCGACAGGUGUGUUCCUAACCACUGUGAGCACGGGGGCCGCUGCUCUCAGACAUGGGACACAUUCAGCUGCAACUGUAGCGGCACUGGAUACACCGGAGCCACCUGCCACACAUCGAUGUAUCAGCAGUCCUGUGAGGAGUAUAAGCACCAGGGGAAGAGUUCAGGGAGCUACUGGAUCGACCCGGACGGCAGUGGCUCUGUCGCCCCCUUCAGGGUCAACUGUGACAUGACAGAGGAGACGGUCUGGACCACGCUGAAGAACAACCUGUCUCCUCAGACAUCGGUGACCAGUGCGGAGCAGGAAGGCAAGGCGGUCCUCCAGAUCACCUACAACGUGACUGACGAGCAGGUGUUGUGGGUCACCAGCGGUGCUGACUCCUGCUCCCAGUACGUGGCCUACGCCUGCCGGAUGUCUCGCCUGCUCAACACUCCUGAUGGCGUCCCGUUCACCUGGUGGGUCGGAAGAGCCAACGAGAGGCAUUCCUACUGGGGGGGCUCGGGGCCGGGCGUCAGGAAGUGUUCCUGCGGUAUCGAACACAACUGCACCGACCCCAGACACCACUGCCACUGCGACGCCGACCUGCGCUCCUGGAGGGAGGAUGCCGGCCUGCUGGUGUAUAAAGACCACCUGCCCGUCAGCCAGGUGGUGGUUGGGGAUACGAGCAGAGCCGGCUCUGAGGCCAAGCUCACCAUCGGGCCCCUCCGGUGCCAGGGGGACCGGAACUUCUGGAAUGCAGCGUCCUUCACGAGCCCCGCCUCCUACCUCCACUUCCCUUCCUUCAGAGGAGACACCAGCACCGACAUCUCCUUCUACUUCAAGACCUCGUCCACGCACGGAGUCUUUCUGGAGAACUUGGGAACCUCUGACUUCCUUCACAUUGAACUCAGAGGCUCCACGGUCGUCUUCUCCUUCGACGUGGGCGGCGAGCGGGUGGAGCUCAGCGUCCGCUCGCCGGCGCCGCUCAACGACGACCAAUGGCAUCGCGUGGAGGCCGAGAAGAACAUCAAGGAAGCGGCGCUGCGGCUCAACGGGCAGUACGCGGACGCCAGGACCACGCCCCCCCAGGGCCACGCCACGCUGGAGCUCUACAGCGAGCUUUAUGUCGCUGCUGCUGCCACACAGCUUUCCAUGCCAAGCUCGCUGCCAUGCUUCGCGCUGUUCGCUGCUCGCUGCGCUGCUCUGCACCUCUGCGCGCUGUGCUUCCUCAGCUCUUCCUCGCUGCUUCGCGUGUCGGGCUUCACUACACACACUGCUCCUGGCUGA